AUGUCAACGAUAACUGCACGGGGGCUCUAUAGGAAGCUCUAUCGUGAGCUGGCUAGACAGCACUUGACUGCUGCCGAAGCACAGACUGCUCAGGACGCUAAAAAGAAAGAAGCUCUACUUCAGUACCGGAAGCUGCAGGGCCUUGAUUCUGGUGAUGGUGCUAAAUCAAGCGUCGCUCCCGAGAAUCGAAUUUACAAGGCUGACACAUUACGAAACGUGUUCAAUUCGUCAGACCCUACUGAAGCUAAUUUGCUUUUUGGGUAUGAAAUUGGAGAGUAUCUCAAAUCACAGAGAGCCUACAAAUCACUACUGGAACGGUACAAUCCCGGUGCUAACAUGGAGGAUGAAGAACGAAUUAGACUCUCUGCAAGAAGAGUUGGUUUGAACUUACCUGAAGAGUCUUCAUAG